AAUAUUGAUCAAAUGUAGAAGGAUGGGUUUGUUGUUAGUGUAGACUCUGUGAAACAUUCAAGCAUUUUGUUUAGUUGGGUAUAUGUGUUGUUUUUUUCACUUGAUGGUCAAAUGGUUGCUAGGAUUUGUAGAUUUGGUACCGAUCAUCAUGCUUCAGUCCUCACCUGUAUGUUGUAGCUGUGUCUCCUCUGUUCAGCGCAGUGGUUUGUUCCUCAGACUGACUGUAACCUCCCCUCCCUGAGUCAGAUUUAUCUCAACUCCCAGGAAAUACAGCAUCGACGACUGAAGUGGGAAAGCUGCCGAUCAAGAAACCGUGCCUCGAAGUGGACGCUACUAAACGAGAGGGAGCCAUUGCUGGGAAGAACCAUCGAGUUGUCUGGAAUCUUCUCUCUCAAUCCUCUUGCAAUGGUUCAUUGGUUGAGGCCAUGGCCUCUCAGUCAGGCAACAUGAACCGUGAAGACCGGAAUAUGCUCCGUAUGAAAGAAAGGGAAAGGAGAAAUCAAGAAAUCCAGCAGGGAGGAGAGGCCUUUCCAGCUAACUCUCCCCUCUUUCCUGAACCUUAUAAAUCCUCAAAGGAAGAUAAACUCUCAAGUCGCAUCCAGAGCAUGCUGGGAAAUUACGACGAGAUGAAGGAAACCAUCGGUGAACCCCCAAUGUCCAAACUCAUUCCCAAAGCCUCCAGCUCCUCCUCGGACGAUAAAUCCGGCCAGUACGCUGACCAGCGUAGCGGAGGCGCCCAGAGUCAGAACAGUAAAUGGACUCCAGUCGGCGGCAUCUCUUCCACAUCCUGCUCGUCGACCUCAACUUCCUCCUCCUCGCAGAAGCGCUCAUCCGUGCAGGGCAGCCACGGCAGCAGUCAGCGCAGCGGCGGUCAGCGGCACGAGCGAGACUACAGCAGCAGCAGCAAGAAGUCCAGCAAGCACGGCUCCGAGCACAAAUCCCACUCCAGCCCGGCCAAGGGCCCCAUGAGCUCCGGCGGACACUCGCGCGGCCGCACCAAGUCGCCCAGGGACAGAGAAGCCAACUGGGACUCGCCCUCAAGAGUUCAUUCCUUCUCCAGUGGACAGCAUCCCAGCCAGAGCUUCCCGCCCUCGCUCAUCAAACCCAGCUCCAUGCUCCAAAAACCCACCGCCUAUGUGCGGCCCAUGGACGACCGGGAAACGGCCGAGCCUAAGACCUCCUCGGAGUCGUACGGCGGUCAAUCACACAGCAGCGCUGUGGGAGAAAUGAAGCCCAAUGGCAAGGCUUCCCUCACCAAGCUCAAGAUCCCAACGCAGCCUGUCGAUUCGUCCUUUCCACAGAUGGACAGGUUUGAGAAGGCCGUGUAUUAUCUGGAUGCUGUGGUGUCUUUCAUCGAGUGUGGAAACGCCCUGGAGAAAAGCGCCCAGGAGGCCAAAUCGCCCUUCCCCAUGUACGCAGAAACUGUGGAACUCAUCAAGUACACUAUGAAGCUGAAGAGCUACCUGGCGCCGGAUGCAACCUCUGCAGACAAAAGGCUAGCGAAUUCGUUGAGUAAUAACCAAGCUCCUUCUCCUGGAGUAGCAAAUAAAACGGCGGGAAUGCCGUCUCCGGUCUCUCCUAAACUGUCUCCUGGCAGUGCGGGCAGCUACUCCUCCAGCAGCUCCAGCCAGAGCACCAGCUCCUCCGUCACCAUCCCCCAGCGCAUCCACCAGAUGGCAGCCAGCUACGUCCAGGUCACCUCCAACUUCCUCUACGCCAUCGAGGUGUGGGAGCAGGCCGAACAGCUCGCCAAAGAGCAGAGAGAGUUCUUCUCCGACCUGGACAAGGCUAUGGGCCCGCUCAUCUUCAACACCAGCAGCAUGACUGAGCUGGUGCGAUUCACGCGGCAGGGCCUGCACUGGCUACGACUGGACGCCAAGCUCGUACAGUAGAGCGGCCCUAUCCAUAGCCCCUCUAUGCCUACGCAAAACCCUCACACACUCGAUCUGCCUCAGACAUCUCUGUGACACUGUGUUCAUUUCUACACCAGCUUGCCAAAAAUGGAAACACUCAGUGCCCCGCCCCUCCACCACAGACCCUAUGAAUAUUCAUGAGAGGGGAGGCGGCUAAUCCACACGACUGGCAGAGCGCUCAUACACUGCAUCGUCUGGCUCAUAUCAUCGGCUUAAGCUAAAAAAAAAAGCCUGCUUUCUUACUUUGACUGUCUUUUUGGUUUAUUUUCUGCUAGCUAUAAGCAAA